CUGGGUCAUCAACCUCUUUUUAGCCUGUAAAUUUCUAAAUGGCAGGGGCGAGGACAGGAGAACUGCUUUGUAUAAGCUACUAAGUGCUACAAUUAAAUAGAUGAUCACAAUAAUGCAGAAAUUCCUUUCUGCAGCUCACCAGAGUGACAAACUCCAGCAUUUUAUAUUUCAUCUGCCCCCAUGACUUCACUGUAGGAAAAGGAAAUGCAGAAAAACAAACAUCUUGAAGAUUGAAUGUCUCUUAUUCACAGAGGUUAGCAUUAGACUGUUGGAAGUAAGGAGAUGUCAGUGAAAAGGGGGAUCCAGAUGAUGACUAACCUAUGACUCCCAACAGUAUGACAGAAAAUGGCCUUACAGCCUGGGACAAACCGAAGCACCGUCCAGACCGAGAACACGACUGGAAGCUAGUAGGAAUGUCUGAAGCCUGCCUACAUAGGAAGAGCCAUUCAGAGAGGCGUAGCACGUUGAAAAAUGAACAGUCAUCACCACAUCUCAUCCAGGCCACUUGGACUAGCUCAAUAUUCCAUCUGGACCAUGAUGAUGUGAACGACCAGAGUGUCUCGAGUGCCCAGACCUUCCAAACGGAGGAGAAGAAAUGUAAAGGGUACAUCCCCAGCUACUUAGACAAGGAUGAGCUCUGUGUAGUGUGUGGUGACAAAGCCACUGGGUAUCACUACCGCUGCAUCACGUGUGAAGGCUGCAAGGGUUUCUUUAGAAGAACCAUUCAGAAAAAUCUCCAUCCAUCCUAUUCCUGUAAAUAUGAAGGAAAAUGUGUCAUAGACAAAGUCACGCGAAAUCAGUGCCAGGAAUGUCGCUUUAAGAAAUGCAUCUAUGUUGGCAUGGCAACAGAUUUGGUGCUGGAUGACAGCAAGAGGCUGGCCAAGAGGAAGCUGAUAGAGGAGAACCGGGAGAAGAGACGGCGGGAAGAGCUGCAGAAGUCCAUUGGGCACAAGCCAGAACCCACGGACGAGGAAUGGGAGCUCAUCAAAACAGUCACCGAAGCCCAUGUGGCGACCAAUGCCCAAGGCAGCCACUGGAAGCAAAAACGGAAAUUCCUGCCAGAAGACAUUGGACAAGCACCGAUAGUAAAUGCCCCAGAAGGUGGAAAGGUUGACUUGGAAGCCUUCAGCCAUUUUACAAAAAUUAUCACACCAGCAAUUACCAGAGUGGUGGAUUUUGCCAAAAAGUUGCCUAUGUUUUGUGAGCUGCCAUGUGAAGACCAGAUCAUCCUCCUCAAAGGCUGCUGCAUGGAGAUCAUGUCCCUUCGCGCUGCUGUGCGCUAUGACCCAGAAAGUGAGACUUUAACCUUGAAUGGGGAAAUGGCAGUGACACGGGGCCAGCUGAAAAAUGGGGGUCUUGGGGUGGUGUCAGACGCCAUCUUUGACCUGGGCAUGUCUCUGUCUUCUUUCAACCUGGAUGACACUGAAGUAGCCCUCCUUCAGGCCGUCCUGCUGAUGUCUUCAGACCGCCCAGGGCUCGCCUGUGUUGAGAGAAUAGAAAAGUACCAAGAUAGUUUCCUGCUGGCCUUUGAACACUAUAUCAAUUACCGAAAACACCAUGUGACACACUUUUGGCCAAAACUCCUGAUGAAGGUGACAGACCUACGGAUGAUAGGAGCCUGCCAUGCCAGCCGCUUCCUGCACAUGAAGGUGGAAUGCCCCACGGAACUCUUCCCCCCUUUGUUCUUGGAAGUGUUCGAGGAUUAGACUGACUGGAUCCAUUCUCAUAAUUCCUACAGCACUACUGGGUGUCAUUUCAUUCCAUUGCCUAGCUCUUUUUUGUUUGUUUCUUUGUGUCAGGAGGGAUUUUUUGGGAGGGGAAAGGGAAGUAGUCCUUGGCAUAGACAUGGAUGAAAUUGCCCCUUGAAUGCGGGUACUUGAAACUAUUGCAUUUCGUUCUCCAGUCCUUUGAUGUGAAUGCUCUCAAGGUUUUGCAGUUGUGGAGAUGGGGUGGGGGACAAUCAUUAACUCACCAGCACCCAAGCAUCACCAGCUCCCACCCGUCCCUGGUCUGAGAUUUGAGCGAGCAAAACGGCACUGCAGGACACUAAAGAAGCCUUAAAACCAAGAUAAAACAACCACCUCCACCCAAUCCUGAUGUUCGCAGGGCUCAAGUUAGCAGAGCACAGACCACCUUUAGUUAGAUGUGGCUUUCAGCUUUUUAGAGAAAGACUUGAACAAAUUAUCAUCUAUUCAAGAGCAUGCUAUUUCCAGCACUCUUUAUGGUCUCCUAGGAGCAUAACUUGGAAUGUACAGGAAUAUUUGUGUCCUAAAAAAUCAGCUUCCCUUCCAAUAUUAUUUUUAUAACCUUAUGAUUUAAUUCAAAUUAUACAAGGGCAUGACGAAGGAUAUGCAGGUAUUUGACUGAUUGACAAGGAAAAUACUUGUUUUCAGUGAGCCCAGAGAAAUUAGAAAGCUUCACCAAUGUCCAUGACUCCAUGGUUUCCAAAAACCCACAUAGCAUGACCUCACAGUAGGAAGCCUUCUUUACCAUUUAGGCUCAGUGAACAAUUUUACAGAAAUCAAACCUAUUUACAGGGUAACACCCAUUUUCUGUGACAUCUGAUCUCUCUCCCAAGCUCCUGAAGUUCUUUAUCCAGGUUGCAUCUUUGCUGACCUGACAACAGAUUUCCCUAUGGAUCAAAUCUUCUAAUCAAGGAAAGAUAAGGUGAAAUUUCAGUCUUCUUCUGGAGAAAUUUUGAGGAGAUUAGUGCAGCUACAUUCUGAGUUGAAGGAAAUGCAGAGUUCUGAGAGCCCCUUCAUGUCCUAAUGGCUGGAAGAUGCUUCCUUCUGCUUAGAUCCUCAAGCUCCUUGCUUCAUUAACCAAUAUCUCCUAGUCCCCUUUUUCCCUCUGACUCUGAGACACUAAAUAGCUUGACUAUCUCUAAACAGAGUGGCCCUGCCACUGACCCUCCUUUCCCUCUUAUAGCACACCCUGACAGAUAGAUACUCAACAGAAAACACCUGCAGACCAUGUGUAUACUUAUCUUUCCUGCCCAACCUGCCUCCCCAAUGGCCUGUGCUAGAAUAGCUUGUGCCCAGAAAACAAAUGGUGACGCCUCAUCUCUUCAGUAUCAGAAAACGGGCAUAGAAUGUACCCAUGCAGUUGAAUGUAUCUCAUUCUCCACUGGCGUAGUAGAUAUAAACUAUUCCUUUGCCUACCUUUUACUGCCUUAUCCUGGAAAUAUUGGGGAAAAUAAGCCAUAUCAGUGAGAUUUACCUAAAAACAAAGGAAGGAAAGUCACUGUGAAAACCAAGUAGAUUUUCUUUUUUUAAGUUUGGUGGAGCAAUACUGGCCCAGAAGUCUGGGUUCCUGGAUUCUAGUUCGUGCUCUGUCAACUGGUAGAUUUGUAACUUUAGGUCUUGGUUUUCUCACCUGACAAAUAAGUCAUGAUCUCUAAAACCCUUCCUGCCCUUAAUAUUGUACAAAUUUCAGGGUAUAAAAAAUCUGCUUCCUUUGUUGGUUUUUUAACACUUAAAUUUAUCACUCUAUUAGACAAGAAGCAUGGCCCACUUAACAGUUAAGAAACAUACAUUUGGUAUUAACUUGAAAUAAUAAUUUGACACAAUACUAGUCAACUAUUUAGAGGCCUUGGAAAAACAAGAGGAGCAGCACCGAAAAUUCCAAGUAUGAUUGGAAAUAAUCCAGGGGCGGGGAAUUAAAUGUUCAAUGCACAAAAGCAAUUGUACUGGCUUCUGGGGAAAAGGAGGCAAGAACAUUGCUAUGGAACUUGUUAUCCAGAGAAAGGAAGUAGGUGAAAAGAUUUACAAUUAUAGGCACGAAGUUCAUUGGCAGAUUACCUGCUGUAUCUAUAGACAGAUUGUUUUUGGGUUUGGUUUUGUCUAGGCAGCCUCUAGCCAGGCUCCUUAAGUGCUCUGCUAACAUUUCAGCCUUCUCUCUUGACUCCCUGAGGAACCACUCUUUGAAAGAUAAACACUUAGCCACCUCUACGCUCCAGGGUAACCCUGAGAAGCUCUGCUGUUUGGGGCAAGCUUUCUUUCCAAAGGGAAUGACAGGAAGGAAAGCAGGCAGGGUCCGGCAGCAUCAGGCCUUCUGGGGAAAGUUUCCUCAUUCUGUGGGAUCCUCAGUACAUCGGACACCCAGAUUUGAAUGUAAGUUCAGAGCCUGAUCUCAAGCUAAAUCAGAAUGCUUUGGGGACUAACCAUGAUCGAGAAUUGGCCAAAUGGUAAGGUAUACAAACAGCCAUCCAGCCAGCCCCAAGUAAAGGAACAUUUGAUCCUUGGCACCUUAAAUGAUUGCCUUCAAUGGGCAAACUGCUGGUCUGGAAAUCUUGUUGAAGGCUGAAUACUUCAUGUCGAGUAGGACAAGUCUUAGCACACUUCAGAUUGAAAGAAAAGGCCAUAGGACUCAAAGGAUAAUGACUCUGAAACUAAACUCCUUCCUUCUGAAGCUGACGGAGUUACAUAGUGCAUCUCAAGACUCCAUCUCAUAAAACUCAUUUGUGAGGGAUUUGCUCUAGAUUUUUCUAAACAUUUUUUCAUCUAUUGUCCAGACUUGCAAAUCAAGUGUGGACCUAAUGGAGACACCCUGCACACCUGCGCUCCCACCCCUUCAGCAGGGAGACAUCUCAAUAGAGGAGAACACACCCGUUAUGCUGGGAUUCGCAUUUCUAAAUCACUUCCCUUUUAGGGAUGAGCGAUGUGGGGUGUGUGUGAGUGUGUGCGUGUGUGUGUGUGACCCCCCAAGUGUACUUUGCUCUUUUAGAUGUGCAGUAUUUCCAGAAACAGUGAAAUAAGUAAGAUGUUUUCUUCUUUAUGAUUCUGCUCAAAACACCACGUGCCGCCUCAGAGCUUUUUCUAGAGCCUCGAUCUCAAAGACGCGCUUGACGUGUUGAUGCCUCAGCCCAGCGAAGCCCCCUCACCUGUGCCCCAGGCGACAGCUCUUCAAUGUGCAGUGCAGGCCUGGGGUGGACUGCCAGGACCUCGCUCUGUGCCAGCAACGCCGUUCUUGUUGCUCCUCGAUGAACAGGGGUACAAGCCCUAGCCCCUCCUCGACACUAAGCCCCCCCACAGACUCAGCCUCCAUGGAACCGCUGAGCACCCCUCAAAGCAUGUCAUUGUCAGUGAUACCUUUUUAUUCUAUGGAACUCUAACCUAUCUGUGUCAUACUGACCUUUUGCUGCAUGAGUCAUAAAUUACGAAAUCAGUCUUAUGGUUUUUGAAAUGUAGCCAGCAUUUGUAAGGCUAAACCUUUUUCAUGAACUGAAUUUAAGUGAAUAACCAAGCCACAGUUCCUCUUCAAAUGGAGAGUGAUGAUCGACAUUUGAAUCUCUUUGCCCCUUCCAACGGCUAUGGCAUCAGGUUCUAAAAUAAGCUCGUAAUUUUUCCUGUUAUUUUAAUAAUAUGGAAAUAUUAGCAUAGUGUUUCUUUUGAUAGUGAUAGACUAUAAUCCAUAUUUAAAUUUUAUAGAGAAGAAAUUUUAUUGUACUGUGAUGUAGAUAUUUAUUAUCCAGGUAAGGAUUUGCCCGGUGUGUAUUUUUUACAAUUGAGACAUUUUACUUUAAUCUUUAAAAAAAAAAAAAAAAAAACGCAUUAAAAACACAUUCAAAAAAAAAGACUGGGGGAAAAAAGGUUUGGCCUUAUCACAGAAUUUUUACUGUGCUGUAUAAAUGUUUGCAAAUGCAAAAAGUGUGCAUUUAUAGUGUGUUUCCACAUUAAUUAAUGCCGCCUUCAAGAGCAAUAUUGUGCAGGUAAAACGCUGUUUGUGGCUUUCUGUUGCACAGUUAAAGCUGACCCACCCUAUGCACAAGACAAUCAAAUAUAAAUCUGUCCUCCUCAGGAUGUAGAUAAUGCUCGUGUAAAUUACGGAGCACAAUGUGAGACAAAAGGAGACACUUUACAUAUGUAUUGUGGAUACAGAAAUUAUCAGGGCAUGAAUGAGCUGGUGUGACAUUAUGCCACUCCUUUCUUUUGGUUUUUCCUUAAUAACUCGGCACUUUUCAUUUGACCUUAGAGCCAAAUUAGUUCUCCGUGCUUUCCUCAUAAAAAACCCUUUUUGUUCCCAUAAUGUUUUCAUGCCCUGAGAAUCAGAAAAAUACUAAAGAAUAGGAAAAGAUUUACAGUCAUUGGAAGACUUGUGUUUUGCAAACAGUGUUAAGUGAUAUUGCUAGAUGGUGAUAUUUUUUUCAGCCUAAAACUCUGUUGAAAUCUGUGAUCAAAAUGUUUUAAACUAUCCAAAAAAAAAUUUGUAUAUUUGGGAAAAAUUGAUUUUUACAUAGCUUUUGUAUGCAGAUAUAAAACUGUAAUUAUGAAUAUAGUGGGCGUAGAUAAACUCAUAAGCUUAAAUUCUAAAAAAGAAAAAGCUUAUAACAGA